UGUUUUUGUUUUUAUUAUUGGAAAUACUUAACAAUGUUUCAUGCAUAUGACACAUGAACCUUCUCUUCUUCUUUCCUCACUCUUUGUUGUGAGGUUACUGUCUUCUUCUGAAACCACUAUUUGUAUCUCUCAACUUUACAGGAAUUGGUUGUGAAAAGUGAAAAGAAAAGACUAUAUAAGCACUAGUUUCCAAGUUCACAAGGAAUCUUCAGUUGCCAUGUUUAAUCUAUGGGGUAGUACUCAACAAGACGAGAAAACCAAAGAGGCUUAUGCUGAAACCAAGAUUAACGAGCUCAAGGUAGCAAUUGGACCCUUAUCAGGGCACAGCUUAAAGUACUGCACCGAUGCUUGUUUAAGGCGAUAUUUGGAAGCUCGGAAUUGGAAUGUCGACAAGUCAAAGAAGAUGUUAGAAGACACACUCAAGUGGAGAUCAGUCUACAAGCCUGAGAAAAUUCGAUGGGAUGAAGUUGCAGAGGAAGGGGAGACAGGGAAAGUUUAUAGAGCCGGAUUUCACGACAGACAAGGAAGGACUGUUCUUAUUUUAAGACCUGGAAUGCAGAACACUUCUUCAUUGGACAAUCAAAUUAAGCAUCUUGUGUAUCUAUUGGAAAAUGCUAUGCUUAAUCUUCCACCAGGUCAAGAACAAAUGGCUUGGUUGAUAGACUUCACUGGCUGGUCAAUUACCAACAAUGUUCCCCUCAAAUCAGCCAGAGAGACCAUCAGUAUUCUACAGAAUCACUAUCCUGAGAGGCUUGGCAUAGCAUUUCUUUAUAACCCUCCUCGAAUUUUUGAAGCGUUUUGGAAGAUAGUGAAGUAUUUCUUGGAUAACAAGACAUUUCAGAAGGUGAAAUUUGUGUACCCUAAGAAUAAAGAUAGUGUUGAGCUAAUGAGUUCUUACUUUGAUGAGGAAAAUCUUCCAAGUGAACUAGGUGGAAAAAGCAAAUUGAACUAUAACCAUGAGGAAUUUUCCAAAAUAAUGGUUCAGGAUGAUUUGAAAUGUGCAGACUUUUGGGGUUCUGAUGAUAAGCUCUCAAACCAUAGGCAUUGUUCAGCAGAGGUAGCUCCAGAACCAGUUUGCAAUGAAACUCCAGCCACAUGAAGAACUUAACUUUGUUUUAACUUUAGUGCAGAUACAAGUACUAAUAGUAAUUAUCAUAAAGCCAUUAGAUCCAUGCAAAUUAAGACUAAGAGAUUUAUGAUACAAUUAUCCUUUGUUUGCAGUGUUGUUAUUUCAUCAUGAUAUAGUAAUAGUACACUUGCUACUUUGAGAAUAUCACAA